ACGUGACGCACUCUAUGUGAUUCACAGCUAUCCUGCCCAACCUGAACCAGUCGAGUAGAGGCAAGUCUUUCAAUGGCCUUAUCUUCUUGUGCGCCACGGAUCCCAGCCUCUCAUUCACUCUCCACAGAGUCCUCAUCACUUCCAAACCUCCUCCUCCACUCUCGUUCUCCUCCUCUCACCUUUAACAGUUUUCCGGCCAAACCUUACAACAACGACAGCAGUUGGUACAAUCUUAACAACCUCACAUCCGAUUCAGGUCUUGAGAAAUGGAGAGCAAGUGUUUCUUUCUUCCCUGCGAUUUUUAACAACAAAGCCAAGAAUGCUAAGAUUCUCAAGGAAGAGCUUCUUAAGGCUAUUGACCCUCUCGAUCGCGGCGCUGAGGCCACUCCCGAGGAUCAGCAGAAUGUCGAUCAGAUUGCUAGCAAACUAGAAGCAGUUACUCCGAUUAAGGAGCCACUGAAGUCUGAUCUACUUAACGGAAAGUGGGAGCUUAUAUACACUACCUCAACAUCUAUUCUGCAAAAGGAGAGACCCAAGUUCUUAAGGUCAGUUGCAAACUACCAAGCUAUCAAUACAGAUACACUCAGGGCACAGAAUAUGGAAUCUUGGCCUUUCUUUAACCAGGUGACAGCAGAUUUGACACCUCUGAAUCCAAGAAAAGUGGCUGUAAAGUUCGAUUUUUUCAAAAUCGGGGGUCUAAUACCUGUUAAGGCACCCGAAAGAGCUCAAGGAGAAUUGGAAAUUACGUAUUUGGAUGAAGAGUUGAGAAUAUCCAGAGGCGACAAGGGGAACUUGUUCAUCUUGAAAAUGGUUGAUCCUUCGUAUCGAGUUCCUGCCAAAAAGGAUUAGGCCUAUUGUAUCAUUUCUUACAAUGGUCGUAUGUAUAUUAACUAAUUUGUGAUUUCCCUUUGUCUUGGUUAGAGGGGUUUUUCACUUGUCUUUGUUUUCUUGGCAAACUCUGUCGAAUUGCCUUAGUUUUUGAUGUUGUUAUGUAAGUAAGCUCUUCAGUCUUCCUUGUGUUGUGCCCAAGAACUCCAAGAUAAAUAUAAACACAAAGAGAUACAGAUAUUUACGUA